UUCGGUGUGUUUUUUCAAGCUAUUGUAGAAAAGUUAGGUUUUUUCAAGGACCCGUAUGUAAGGAACGUGAUGAUUGUUAUGUAUGGGAAUGAGUCAGUGGAGAGUGCCCGCAAAGUGUUCGAUGAAAUUACUCAGAGAAAGGUUUCUAAUUGGAAUGCGAUGGUUUUUGGGUAUUGGAGAUGUGGGAAGAAGGAUGAAGCUUGUAAGUUUGAUUUCAUGCCUGAGAGUGAAACUGAUGUCGUUUCUUGGACGGUGAUGAUCAUUGGUUGUGCAAAGCUUAAGGAUCUGGAAACUGCAAGGCGGAAUUUUGAUCGGAUGCGUGAGGAGAGCGUUGUAAUUUGGAACGCGAUGCUUUCAGGUUAUGCACAGAAUUGGGUUUACGGAGGAGAGACUCUGAGACUGUUUAACGAUAUGUUGAGACUUGGAGUUAGGCCAAAUGAGACUACAUGGGGCACUGUCAAUUCCGCUUGUUCUUCACGUUGUGAUCUUUCCCUGGCUCACUCACUGGUGAAACUGAUUGGUGAGCAGAGAGUCCGUUUGAAUUGCUAUGUAUAGAUACUAGACAGCGGUUGCUUGAUAUGCAUUAAUGCAUACUACUGCAAAGAUAUUCUAUCUGCGAGGAGAAUUUUCGAUGAGUUAGGCGCGGAGAGGAAUCUUGUUACUGGGAACGCUAUGAUUUGUGGAUAUAUCAGAAGGGGAGAUUUGAGUUCGGUUAUGCAGCUUUUUGAUGCAAUGCCUGAGCGGAAUGUUGUUUCUUGCAACUCGAUGGCUGGUUUUGCUCUUAACAGACAACCUGCAGUAGUCAUUGAGUUUUUCAAAGAGAUGAUUGAUUCUUGAGAUCUCAAACCGGAUGAAGUGACGAUGAUUGGUGCUCUCUCGGCUUGUGCACAUGUGGGGGAUAUCGAAUUAGGUGAUUGGAUUGUGGAUUACAUUGCUAAGAACCAGAUCAAGCUUAGCGUCUCGGGAUUCAGAUCUUUGAUCAUCAUGCUUGCAAGGUGUGGAAACCUGAUGGAAGCAAAACGGGUCUUGGAGGAAAUGAAUGAAAGAGAUCUCGUCUCUUAUAAUACGUUAAUCUCAGCUUUUGCAGCUAAUGGGGGAGUUGAAACGCUGAAAUUAUUCUCGAAGAUGAAAGAGGAAGGCAUAGAGCCAGACCGUGCGACUUACACGGAUGUAUUGACUGCUUGCAGCCGUUCAGGCUUACUUGAAGAAGGCCAGAGAAUAUUUGAAUCAAUAAGAAAUCCACCGUCGGAUCACUAUUAUUGUAUAGAUGAUUUACUGAGUUGA